UGUGAUAGCGAGCCGUUGUUUGUUGCUGUAGACUCAGAUUAUCCAUCAUAUUACAUUUUAGUCAUUUAAAAUACACUCUUAUCUAGAGCUAUUUACAGUAGCGAGUGGAUACAUUGUACAUUUUUCUGGUCCCACAUGGGAAUAAAACCCACAACCCUGGCGUUGCAAGCGCCAUGCUCUUCCAACUGAAACACGGGACCAUAUCGACCAGUUAAUCGACUGGCUGCUCCAACAAUGACAAUAAAUGUCUUCAGAAAUGGAAGGCAGUCUGGAGAAGGCAAGAUCAGGUGGGACAAUUCUAGCCAAUGAGAGGACAGAUACGAGUGUGAUAACAGGCACAAAUCCGAUAUAAAGUGUUUUUUUUUCCUCAAACUUGGCAGGAUAUCAUGUAUCCUACUUAUAUCAGUACACUCGUAACAACCGGGAAAAACGCCACCUGCUGGAGAAGACAGAUUUAGGUCCCAGUUAUCCGUCUCGCUUCGCUUCUUCCUCUCUGCCGCUGAACGUCACAGACCGUGAAAGAUGCCUUUGCCCGUGCAAGUAUUCAACUUUCAGGGGGUUGUUGAGCCCAUGCAGAUAGAUGCUGACCCACAGGAGGACCAGCAGAAUGCACCAGAUGUCAACUAUGUGGUGGAAAACCCCACGCUGGACCUGGAGCAAUAUGCAUCCAGCUACUGUGGUCUGAUGCGUAUUGAGAGGCUGCAGUUCAUUGCAGAGCACUGUCCCCAGCUCCGCGCCGAGGCCCUGAAGAUGGCCCUGUCUUUUGUCCACAGGACCUUCAACGUAGACGUGUAUGAGGAGAUCCACCGCAAGCUCACAGAGGCCACCAGAGAGGUCCAGGGGGCUCCAGAUGCUGCGGUGGAGGGCGGGGCAGUUGAACCCCCUCCUCUGGACACAGCGUGGGCCGAGUCGACCAGGAAAAAGGCCCUGCUCAAACUGGAGAAAUUGGACACUGACCUGAAGAACUACAAAGGCAACUCCAUCAAAGAGAGCAUCAGGAGGGGUCAUGAUGACCUUGGGGACCACUACUUGGACUGCGGUGAUCUCAGCAACGCCCUUAAGUGCUACUCCCGAGCCCGAGACUACUGCACUAGCGCCAAGCAUGUCAUAAACAUGUGUCUUAAUGUCAUCAAGGUUAGCGUCUACCUCCAGAACUGGUCCCACGUCCUUAGCUAUGUGAGCAAAGCUGAAUCCACUCCGGAGAUAGCAGAGCAAAGAGGGGAGAGAGAUUGCCAGAGUCAGUCAGUCCUCACCAAAUUAAAAUGUGCUGCAGGCCUAGCUGAGCUGGCCUCCAGAAAGUACAAACAAGCAGCCAAGUGCUUCCUGCUGGCCUCUUUCGACCACUGUGACUUUGCUGAGCUCCUGUCCCCCAGCAAUGUAGCUGUGUACGGAGGGAUGUGUGCCCUCGCCACCUUCGACAGACAGGAGCUACAGAAGAACGUAAUCUCAAGCAGCUCCUUUAAAUUAUUCUUAGAGUUGGAGCCUCAGGUCCGUGACAUCAUCUUUAAGUUCUAUGAGUCAAAGUACGCUUCCUGUCUCAAAAUGCUGGAUGAGAUCAAGGAUAACCUGCUGUUAGACAUGUACCUGGCCCCCCACGUACUGACCCUCUACACACUGAUCAGGAACAGAGCCCUUAUACAGUACUUCAGCCCGUACGUGUCUGCAGACAUGACUAAGAUGGCCCAGGCCUUCAACACCACGGUGCUAGCUCUGGAAGACGAACUCACCCAGCUCAUACUGGAGGGACUUAUCAAUGCACGCAUAGACUCCCAUAGCAAGAUCCUGUAUGCGCGUGACGUGGACCAGCGGAGCCACACAUUUGAGAAGUCUAUCCACAUGGGCAAGGAGUUCCAGAGGCGAGCCAAAGCCAUGAUCUUGCGAGCUGCUGUGCUGCGCAACCAGAUACACGUCAAGUCUCCUCCCAGGGAGGGCAGCCAAGGUGAACUCAACUCUGCCAACAGCCAAUCACGAAUGAGCACCAACAUGUGAACAUUCCCAUGAGACCUCUGUCUUACAGGAAGUUACCAUGUCAGGGGGGGGGGGGGGGUCUGCCAGGGGGACCUAGCACCCCCCCCCCCCCCCCCCCCCCCCCCCCCAUCUGAGGAUCCCCCUCCUCCUGCUGACUCAGUGCUGCAUCUUUUGCCUGCAGAAAGAAAAAUACUGAGACGUCAACUUCAAUAGGCUGUGUCUUAAAUGGUGCCCCUAUUCAC